AAUUGGGCCUAGUCGUAGUUGGUUGUAAGGAGGGAAUUGGCUUUUCCGGGCUGGUUGUCGCCAGUCUAUUCCCUGGUGUAUUGUGUUGUGACAUUAGUUCUUGCCAAUACACUACGAUAUUCGGGUCAGAACAGUUGACAUGAAGACCUUACGCAAGCCCCAAGCCCCGUAGUCCAUAUUUGGGUUUAUGAGACGCGUGCAGCAUUCGGACACUUGCGGACAUCUGUCACGUCGGUCAGAUUUCACACUUCAAAGCGAGCGAGAUCGUCAAGAAUUUUCGAGAUCCCAUUGUCCCAUUCUCAGGACGGCGUUGGCUGCGACAAUUUUCGAGAAUCCAACUCUUCUUGAAUCCUCUUGAAUUUUGCAUAACUUGGAAUACUUCCGGUCCUUGUCUCCAACCAAAUAAAGCGAACUUCCACCGCCAUUUUUUGCGGAAGAACACCGACUGACAAAGCCGGUUGCCGUGCCAUAGGAUUUCCGGAUCACAUAUGUUAUGAACGGUGGAACAAGAUUAACAAGUGGUACGCAACCUGGAGGAAAUUACGCAAUGAACUCUCGAAUGUCAACGAUUGGAAUUGGAGGGCCUCGACCUUCACUCGGACCACCGAGGAUGUCCUUAGCCAGGGGAGGAGGUCCUAUAGGUGGAAUGGCGGGAAUGGCGGAUGGGCUGGCUGCAGGACGGACGUCUGAUGCGCGUAUGUCAGGGAUUGGAAGAACGAUGGGUGCCGUAUCCAGACGCUCCAGCCAGUAUGCUGGCCGACCGUCGAAUAUGGGAACUGGAGGCGCAACCAUCAUAACUAAAGACCCUCGUCAGAUACGAGACAAGUCAUGGCAGGCAAACGCCAUUCGUUCGCUUAUCAACUUCUUGGUGCAAAGCGGGUACAAUCAAGCUGUAUCAGUCAAAACCCUACAGGCACCUUCCGCAAAGGAUUUCCAAAAUAUAUUCAAAUUCCUCUACGCCCAACUUGAUCCCGACUACGUGUUUCAAAAAAAAUUUGAAGAAGAAGUUCCGCCAAUACUGAAAGGACUGAGGUAUCCGUUUGCCGAUCAGAUUAGCAAGUCACACCUAUAUUCCGUCGGGUCCAUGCAUGCAUGGCCAACACUAUUGGCAAUGCUCACAUGGAUUGUAGAGCUGAUUUGUUGCUGUGAUGCUAUGGAUAAUGAAAAUGACAUCGACGACGGAACCGGCAUUCAGGACGACAUACAACCGGAAAAGAUGUUCUUCAACUAUGUCACGCAGGCAUAUGGGGUCUUCUUGCAGGGAGACGAUAAUUAUGAGUAUAUGGAUAAAGAGCUUAUUGACAGUUUCGAUAGGAAAAACGAGAAGGUGCUCAAGGCAUUGGAGCGCCUAGAAACGGAACAUGAUGCAUUGGAAAAGGAAUGGACCCACCUGACCGAAAGCGAAUCUCCCGUGGUCUUACUUGAGCGAGAGAGCAGAAUUCUAGAAUCCGACAAAGAGAAGUUUAGGCAGUAUAUACAGCACGUGGAGGGCAAAAUACAAAAGUUCCAAGACGCGAUAUUGACGCUUAAAGAAGAUCUUGAGGCGAAAGAGAAAGAAGGGGAGCAGCUUGCUGACGAGAAGGCUCAACUGCAACGAACUGUGGAUGCACAGGAAAUUUCGCCAGCAGACGUUGAUCGAAUGACAGCCGAAAGAGAGCAGCUCAAUCAGACUCUGGGAACUGUAGCCGUGAAAAUGGACGAAGCAAACAAAAGCCUCUGGGACAAGGAGAUCACCAUGCAAAAAAAGAUGGAUCACUUGGAAAAGUUAAUCCAGGAGUACAAUACGUUUGCCUACAAACUUGGCUUGCUGGGGCCAGACUCAGCAGCGGCAGAGUUAGCGGUGGAAUUAGAACUGCGCGUGCACGCGAGCAGACCGGACCAAAUGGUCUCCCUAGAUCUACGUAACCAAGCAAAACCAAGCUUGACUCAACUUCGAUCAAAAUUCAAUUCGAAGUUGCACCAAGCGCAGGAUGAUGUGAUAGCAUUGCAAGAAACCAUGGAUAACCUGAACUGGUCAUUCACGCAAAAGAAAGAAGAACUUGGCGAGAUUGAGAGUCAAAUACGACAAUUGGCCGACCGCUACCGACAGGAGCAAGAGCAUAUUGGUAUUGCAAACAAUGCCAGCAACGAGGAGAUCCAGCAAUAUGAACGAAAUAUACAACGAAUCAAGAUUGAGGCUAACGGGGCUUUAAUCCAGUCACAACAAAAAAUGCAGAAGGCUGUCGUUGAAUACGAUCAACUUUCUCGAAACUGCACAGAACACCGAGAGCGAUUGCUCAACCAACUUGCCAAAGCUCUGGUAGAGGUUUUCAACUUCCACCAGCAUGUCCACGGCCAACUUGAGGAACUGCAUAAGGAAGCAGAAGUGCAUUUCAAGGAGGCCGUGCUGGAUGCGGAUAGGAGUAAUCGAUAAUAUUGGCAUUACUCCACCAAGAUUCAAUAGAAUUGGCACCAAGAGUGAACUGAAAGAAUAAGUCUGAUAGUUAUUACCCCAUAUUUUAUGUAUGAACAUUGAAAGUCAUUGAAAGUAA